GGCGGCGCGGGCGGCGUCAGCGGCAGUGUCUGCAGGAGGGCGGGUCGGGGUCAGCUGUUGCGGGCGAGCGGGCGCGUCUCCUGGUGCGUCCUCCCUCCGCCACGAUGCCGGGGAUCGACAAACUGCCCCUCGAGGAGACGCUGGAGGACAGCCCGCAGACAAGGUCUUUACUGGGUGUAUUUGAAGAAGAUGCUACAUCUAUUUCCAACUAUAUGAACCAGUUGUAUCAAGCUAUGCAUCGGAUUUAUGAUGCACAGAAUGAAUUAAGUGCGGCAACACACCUGACUUCAAAACUUUUAAAAGAAUAUGAAAAACAGCGUUUUCCAUUGGGGGGUGAUGAUGAAGUUAUGAAUUCUACUUUACAACAGUUUUCAAAAGUUAUAGAUGAGCUCAGCUCUUGUCAUGCGGUACUUUCAACUCAACUUGCUGAUGCCAUGAUGUUCCCCAUUACCCAGUUUAAAGAAAGAGAUCUUAAAGAAAUUCUAACAUUAAAAGAAGUGUUUCAGAUUGCUAGUAAUGAUCAUGAUGCUGCAAUUAACAGAUACAGCCGAUUGUCCAAAAAAAAAGAAAAUGAUAAGGUGAAGUAUGAAGUGACAGAAGAUGUGUACACUUCCAGAAAAAAACAACACCAAACCAUGAUGCAUUAUUUUUGUGCAUUAAAUACUCUUCAGUACAAGAAGAAAAUAGCAUUAUUAGAACCUCUACUUGGGUACAUGCAAGCUCAGAUAAGUUUCUUUAAGAUGGGUUCUGAAAAUCUCAGUGAACAACUGGAAGAAUUUUUAGCUAAUAUUGGAACAAGUGUGCAGAAUGUUCGCAGAGAAAUGGACAGUGAUGUGGAGACUAUGCAACAGACAAUAGAGGAUUUGGAAGUAGCCAGUGACCCUUUGUAUGUGCCUGACCCAGACCCCACCAAAUUUCCUGUUAACCGAAAUUUAACCCGAAAGGCUGGAUACCUUAAUGCUAGGAAUAAAACAGGCUUGGUGUCAUCUACUUGGGAUAGACAGUUUUACUUCACACAGGGUGGAAACUUAAUGAGCCAAGCCCGUGGAGAUGUAGCAGGAGGCCUGGCCAUGGACAUAGAUAAUUGCUCAGUGAUGGCUGUGGACUGUGAAGAUAGGCGAUACUGUUUUCAGAUCACUUCUUUCGAUGGAAAAAAAUCUUCAAUUCUGCAAGCAGAGAGUAAAAAAGACCAUGAAGAGUGGAUUUGUACAAUUAACAAUAUAUCUAAGCAAAUAUACUUAAGUGAAAAUCCAGAGGAAACUGCUGCACGAGUAAAUCAGUCAGCUCUGGAAGCUGUCACUCCUUCCCCAUCUUUCCAGCAAAGACAUGAGAGCCUGCGGCCAGCAGGACCAUCUCGGCCACCAACAGCUCGAACUAGCAGUUCAGGAUCCUUAGGAUCUGAGUCCACCAGUUUGGCUGGCCUCUCUUUGGAUUCUCUUGUUGCCCCAGACACCCCAAUACAGUUCGACAUCAUUUCCCCUGUGUGUGAAGAUCAGCCUGGUCAGGCAAAAACCUCUGGCCAGGGGGGCAGGCGUACAAAUCCAUUUGGAGAAUCUGGAGGAAGUACAAAAUCUGAAACUGAAGAUUCUAUUCUUCAUCAGUUAUUUAUUGUCCGAUUCCUUGGUUCCAUGGAGGUGAAAUCAGAUGACCAUCCAGAUGUUGUGUAUGAAACAAUGCGCCAAAUCUUAGCUGCUCGGGCCAUCCAUAACAUCUUUCGUAUGACAGAAUCACAUUUAUUAGUUACUUGUGACUGUUUAAAGUUAAUUGAUCCACAGACACAAGUUACAAGGCUUACGUUUCCUUUGCCCUGUGUAGUGUUGUAUGCUACACACCAGGAAAAUAAGAGGCUUUUUGGAUUUGUACUGCAGACAUCAGGAGGGAGAAGUGAAAGUAAUUUGUCAUCAGUCUGUUAUAUAUUUGAAUCAAACAAUGAAGGGGAGAAGAUUUGUGAUUCUGUUGGACUAGCAAAACAGAUAGCUUUGCAUGCUGAACUGGAUCGUAGAGCAUCUGAAAAACAAAAAGAAAUAGAGAGAGUAAAAGAGAAGCAAGAGAAAGAACUCAGUAAACAAAGACAGAUUGAAAAGGACUUGGAAGAACAAAGUCGGUUGAUAGCUGCUUCUAGUAGACCAAACCAAGCCAGUAGUGAAGGGCAGUUUGUCGUCCUUAGCAGUAGCCAGUCAGAAGAAAGUGAUUUGGGAGAAGAAGGAAAGAAGAGAGAGUCAGAAGCAUAAACUUAUCCUUGCUUUUUGAUUGAUUUCCCCCCUCCUUGGAAUUGACAGUUUCUUUGGUAAAAUGGCACAAGGUAACAACUAUGUUGAAAUGACAUAAAAUUUAUAUUUACUUGUUUUAGCUUCAUUAAAAAAAUAAGGUUGAUUGGGAAAAAAAGGUUGAACUUUAUGACUUAGGUUUACAUUGACUUUUUUUCUUAAAAAUAAUGUAAUAUGCAUUAACAUUAAUUUCACAUAACUGCUUAUUUCCCUGAAUACAUUGCUAAGGAAUUAUAGCUUUGCUCAAGCAUUUUUUCCUUAAGUUGCCAAUUUUUUAUUUUGCAUUGUAAUUGGCCAAGCCUAUAAGAAAUAAUUUAUUCUGCAGAUUCAGAUAUUCAUGGAUGUGUUCCCCCCCCUUUCAUUAGGAACAUUUUGCUUAUAGUGAGGAAGCAUUCAACUGAAUAAGUUUGAAACCCUUUCUACAGAGAAUUCUACACAUUUGCAAAUACUUUAACAAUGUUAAAUGUGCAGUAGAAUUUGUAUAAAGCCAUUAGGACAGAUUUUAGAUGUAAGGUUUCCAGGUGUGGCAGGUGGUACUGUAGGUUUCUAGGCACUUUCUGGGAUUGCUCACAUUUCUCUGCUAUACUGCAUCUGAUGCCAGGAGGAAAGAAACUUAAGUGUCUUCAGUUCAAGAUGAUUGAUACAGGUCUUGGCAUUAUAUUACCGUAUUCUUAGUUCUCAGGUUGGGACUUCAGUUAUUACUGCAGAGCAGUAAUGGGUUAAAAGAAGAUUUUGGAAUUCAUUAAACACGGAAUUUUUUUGUUGUUAUGCAAAUACAUUUUAGAUUACGUGUAAAAAUGUUACAGGAUGAUACAUUGUAUUUUCUGCAUUGUGUGAAAUAAUUUUUAUUGAUAAUCAAAUGAUAUUUCAAAAGAAGUUCUAUAACAAUUAUGUUCCUGCUUAAAGUAAAAUUCCCAGAGUUUAGUUUAGAAAAUGUAAUCUUUUAGAUUUCAGACUGAUACUCCCAGUAUUUUCAUAAUCCCAUGUUUUGAUAAAGUACUGAAUCACCACUUUAUAUCCACAAAGGCAAAUAACUAAUUUAUGAGCAUAAAAUAAUUUGCACUAAUUAUUGUAAAUACUUCUACUUUUCAAAUGAGUAAAAGGUCUAAUUCCAUGAAAAACUGAAAAGGAGAAGAAUGCCUUGUAUAGUACAGAAGUUGACCAACAGAAGAUUUUAGCCUGGUGCUAAGGUUAAAAUGACAUUUCUCUAUUGCUUAUCUUCUAUGUCGAGACUUGAUUUCUUUUUCUUUACUCAGAUUUUAAACAUGGUUGAUGGAAAUUAUGCUCAUGUUUCCACAUGAAAAAAUUUCCACAUGAAAUAAUUGAGUAAAAUAUUUUAUGUAAACAUCUACAAUUCAUUAUGCUAAUUCAUAAGGGAAAAGGUUUUUGUUCUUUGAUAAUGUAGUUUUAGUUCUGAAUUAGAAAUGGCAUCUCUUUUAGUUCUUAAAAUAUAACUCAGCUGUUUUCACACUGUGUACAUUGUUUUUUGUAGGAUUGGGAUAGAUAAUUAUAUAUAGAAUCAUAUAUUCAUUUUAUCUGUGCGCCAAAUGGGCAUAGUGAUUAUUUAAUACUCUUUGAAGCCUUAUGUUAUCAAAACAUACAGUAGACAUGUAGAAAUAUAUGAAAUACUCUUUGAUUAAAAUUUAUUUUGUGCUUAUUAAAGGGAUGCUUUCACAAUAGUGUAUCAUUCCUUUUGUUGAAUUUGAAAUUUCUGUGGUCAGUACUUCAUUAGUCUCAGCAAGUCUUGCUUUUAAGACUUUUCAGAUUGGUAGUAUUUCUGUUUCAUUAAGUCUUUUCUUUAUGUAAGUUGUCACUUCACUUAGGUCAGAUGAAAUCUGUUGCUCCACAAAGAAGGUGGUCAUCAUUAAGAGGUGGUUUUAGUUGGCUGGUGCUUUGCAUGGUAACAGAGUGGUGCCCUUUGUUAGCAUUCUGGGUCAGAGUAUUGGCUGGAGUUAAGGGUACUUGCAGCCUGGGCAUGCUAGACACACUUGUAGUUCUUCUAAGUCAGAUUUCAUAGGAAACCUCAUACGUCCUUGUCCUUGGGUCAAACCAAAAUGCAUUCCAAUGUCAAGGAGAAGUUAUGAGUAGAUUCAGCAAUUUUAGAUGGUUUAAUUUCUGUUCUAGAACUAUUUUUUUAUUUGGUACCGGGGAUUGAACUUGGGUCCUUGUGCUUGCGCAGCAGGUGGUGAAAUCACUGAGCUAAAUUCCUGGCCCUAUUCUAGUACUAUUAAACUAUAUGAACUAUUCUAUUACUGCAGCUAUGUAAGCAUCAACUUUAAUAAGCUCUCCUUUUUGUUUAUAGAAGGUUACUUAUGGCUUUCUUCCGAAUGUUAAAGCUGAUCUUGUACUGUUGUAUCCUCUUGUAAAAUCCCUUCUAGUGCUGGGAUACUUUGAUGGCGAUUGUAUUAGAUUUUAGGGAUAUCUUUUCUCUGACCCAAAACUUUGUUGAUUUUUAAAAAUCAACAAAACUGCUUUUUUUUUUAAAGUGCAAAAAUUAAUCCCACUUAAUUCUGCUAUGCAUUCUGCUACAUAUAUGAACAGAACUUUUGUAACUGCGGUAACAGUCAAUAGAUAGGAAAUCAGUUAUUCUUGCAUCCUUUUAGAAUUUUGAAAACUUACUAGGCACUAAAACUUUACUGUAGAACAGAGUCCCUAAGCUGUCUAUGUAAUGAUUAUGUUUAAUUUCAAAAGAAUUCUUAGGCUCUACAAUCAAAGAGGGAUAAAACUAUUUCUAUUUUUCAUGGGAAAAGGACAGUAGAACGUGCAAUAAAGUAACAUAAUCUUGUAUGGUAAAGGCAUCUGAGUUAAUUUUGAUUAUGUAUAGGAGCCACGAUAUUUGAAAUUUGAAUCUUAUUAUAAAUGCUGACAAACCUUAAGAGUUAGUAUAUUGUAAAACCUUUUACCACCUGAGUAAAAUUAAAAUAUUAAUGUUUUGAUAA